AUGUGUGGAGGAAGUUUGGUGGGGUCACUGGGUUCUGUUACAGAGCAGGUCCAGUUCAGAGUCGAUGAGAGUUUCCUGAGGCCAAGCGAGAAGCGCUCAUUCCUACGCUACCUGGCCGACCACAACAUGCACAUCGACAUCUGGAACAGUGACUCGUUGCUCCUCAUAGGUUCGACCGCCAUCGAGCUCAAGCACAUGCUGCGGCAUGGUAAAUCUGCAGUGCAGGCCCAUCACGAGCUGGAGGUGCUGACCACUGAUUACGUGGCGGAGGACACAUUCCUGACAAGCGCUGAUUUGGGACGUCACUCAGCCUCCAAUCCCAUAUCAGUUCACACAAUCGUCAGAGGGAGGAGGAUUAUCAGCUCCGUCCGAGUGGUUCAGCAUUUAGAGACGGAUAACGUGACCAAGAGCAAGACAACCACACCAGCCUCUACGACGGGUUGUUCAGUAGAUCCCUGCAGGAGGAGGGAUGAGAUGCCAGCUUAUUCUCAUAUCAUCACACCUUGUGAAGUCACCAGCGGCUUCAGAGGAGGAAGCCUGUCUCCCAGAAACAUCCUCCAACUCAAUGCAAGGAACAGUGCACAAGUGUGCAGGCUGGACACCAGUUGGGACCAGACGCCGCCAUUUAGACUUGACGCCAUCACACCCAAUGAGCGCAGCCUCGGUGACUCCAACAGUGAGCGCCGAAAGUUGGACUGCAUGGCUGCUGUCCGUCAACGGGAGGCCAUGGAAGCUGCUAAAGCAGCAAAAUUCACGGGACACACUGAGGACUCCCUGUCGGGCAGACAACUUUAUCAAGGCAAACUCAGCGAAGAGCACAGCAAGGCAGAGGGAAUCGCCAACAUGCUGAGCCUCGCCAUCACCACCCAGCACUUCCUCUUUGCUAGUCUGGGUUCUGCUGAAUACAUGGAGUUUGUCCUUAAAAAUCCCUUUAACGUACCUCAGACGGUCACCGUUUACAGUGAUGACCCAGAGCUCAGUGUCAUCACUAAUACUGAGGAAUGGUGUUACUUCAAAGCACUGACCAAGACUCCAACUGCAGUGGAGGAGAACAUGUUCCAUAUGAAAGAAGAUGACCCAGUUCCCAGGGUUUACCUUCGGCCAAAAGAGAGCAUCCACAUUCCACUGAAAUACCAGAGUUUCCUCUGCGACCAUACCACGGCCCACCAGGGACCAAGCUUCCUGCCAAGAAGCAAAGGUUCUCAGAUGGCCAAGAAGAACCCAUCCAAUGUUAUUACUGCCAAAACCAUCAAGGUCACAUUCAAAGCAGAGGAUGGCAAGCCAAUGGCCAUCUGCCAAGUGAAUGUGGAGCCAGUGCCCCACAUUGUGGGUCAGACUUUCCGACUCUACCACCCAGAACGUUGUUUCCUUAAGAAAGCCAUCCGCGUGUCAUCCUGCAUCGAUCCCGCAGGUCGAUCGGAUAAGUGGAUGGCAGCGCCGUCUCAGAUCUGGCAGAUUUACGUGCAUUUUCUGGAACGAGUGGACAUCAGCUGUGUGACGGGCCAGCGGAGCUGUCAGUCAGUAGUUCUGAGGGGGAAACAAGCUGUCCGCAAGGUCAAGUGUUUCUCAUCACACCCCAAGGAGAUUGAGGUGGACCCGGGCGGAGUGUUUGUUCUGCCUCCAGCUGCGGUGCAGGAGCUCCAGCUGAAGGUGCAGCCGUGGCGGGCGGGCAGCCGCUUCCUGUAUGUCAACGCGGUGGACGUGGAGCAGAGAAGUCUGGUCACGGCCUGGUUGCUCUGUCUCAGUGUCCACCGACCUGUGCUAUCCAAAGCAUUUGAAGUGUGUGUCCCGGUUGGAGGCGGGCGGGGCAGCUCCAGGAAGAUCACCUACACCAACCCUUACACCAGCAGCCGGAUGUUCCUGCUCCGCUCUGACCACCCGGACCUGCUCCAGUUCAGGGAGGACAAGUUCCAGAUUGGCGGGGGAGAAAGCUACACCAUUGGAUUGCGAUUCGCCCCCAGCCAGAGUCCCGGUUUAGCAGAGAUCCUGGUCUAUGUGAACAACCUGGAGGAGAAGACAGAGGAGACCUUCUGUGUAAAGGUCAACUACUCAUGA